AUGGCGCCCGAGCUACGGCCGUUUAAAGGUGCGGCGGUGGUGGUCCGUAUCUCGGCCGGGGAAAGGGCUCACCCUCCCCGGGCACGGGGUCGGGCUCCCUCCCCCUGGAGGUCCGGACCUCCAGGGCGCCCGACCCUGCCUCCCCUGCCCGAAGGGGUGACUCAGGAGCGGACACCGGGCCGGGACAGGGCCGCCCUCCCUCCUGGAAGUCGGGGACCUCCAGGGCCCCCGACCCUGCCUCCCCUGCCCGAGGGGAGGCCUCCGAGGCGGGCGGGACAGGGCCGCCCUCCCUCCUGGAAGUCGGGGACCUCCAGGGCCCUCGACCCAGCCUCCCCUGCCCGAAGGGGUGACUCAGGAGCGGACACCGGGCCGGGACAGGGCCGCCCUCCCUCCUGGAAGUCGGGGACCUCCAGGGCCCCCGACCCAGCCUCCCCUGCCCGAAGGGGUGACUCAGGAGCGGACACCGGGUCGGGACAGGGCCGCCCUCCCUCCUGGAAGUCGGGGACCUCCAGGGCCCUCGACCCAGCCUACCUAGCCCGAAUGGGUGACUCAGGAGCGGACACCGGGUGGGGACAGGGCCGCCCUCCCUCCUGGAAGUCGGGGACCUCCAGGGCACACGACCCAGCCUCCCCUGCACCGACAAAGGGUCCUCGACCCUCUCGGUCGCACCGACAAAGGUGCAUCGUCCCCGGGCACGGACGGGGACGGGCCGGCCUCAGUGAAAAAGUCGAGUCGGGUGGCUCGCGCACUUCCAGGGUCCUCGACCCUCUCGGUCGCACCGACAAAGGUGCUUCGUGUCUGGGCGGGACAGGGCCGCCGACCGCUAUGGAAGUCGAGUCGGGUGGCUCGCGCACUUCCAGGGUCCUCGACCCUCUCAGUCGCACCGACAAAGGUGCAUCGUCCCCGGGCACGGACGGGGACGGGCCGGCCUCAGUGGAAAAAGUCGAGUCGGGUGGCUCGCGCACUUCCAGGGUCCUCGACCCUCUCGGUCGCACCGACAAAGGUGCAUCGUCCCCGGGCACGGACGGGGACGGGCCGGCCUCCCCGGCCUCAGUGGAAAAAGUCGAGUCGGGUGGCUCGCGCACUUCCAGGGUCCUCGACCCUCUCGGUCGCACCGACAAAGGUGCAUCGUCCCCGGGCACGGACGGGGACGGGCCGGCCUCCCCGGCCUCAGUGAAAAAGUCGAGUCGGGUGGCUCGCGCACUUCCAGGGUCCUCGACCCUCUCAGUCGCACCGACAAAGGUGCUUCGUCUCUGGGCGGGACAGGGCCGCCGACCGCUAUGGAAGUCGAGUCGGGUGGCUCGUGCACUUCCAGGGUCCUCGACCCUCUCAGUCGCACCGACAAAGGGUCCUCGACCCUCUCAGUCGCACCGACAAAGGUGCUUCGUCUCUGGGCGGGACAGGGCCGCCGACCGCUAUGGAAGUCGAGUCGGGUGGCUCGUGCACUUCCAGGGUCCUCGACCCUCUCAGUCGCACCGACAAAGGUGCAUCGUCCCCGGGCACGGACGGGGACGGGCCGGCCUCAGUGAAAAAGUCGAGUCGGGUGGCUCGCGCACUUCCAGGGUCCUCGACCCUCUCAGUCGCACCGACAAAGGUGCAUCGUCCCCGGGCACGGACGGGGACGGGCCGGCCUCAGUGAAAAAGUCGAGUCGGGUGGCUCGCGCACUUCCAGGGUCCUCGACCCUCUCAGUCGCACCGACAAAGGGUCCUCGACCCUCUCAGUCGCACCGACAAAGGUGCAUCGUCCCCGGGCACGGACGGGGACGGGCCGGCCUCAGUGAAAAAGUCGAGUCGGGUGGCUCGCGCACUUCCAGGGUCCUCGACCCUCUCAGUCGCACCGACAAAGGUGCAUCGUCCCCGGGCACGGACGGGGACGGGCCGGCCUCAGUGAAAAAGUCGAGUCGGGUGGCUCGCGCACUUCCAGGGUCCUCGACCCUCUCAGUCGCACCGACAAAGGGUCCUCGACCCUCUCAGUCGCACCGACAAAGGUGCAUCGUCCCCGGGCACGGACGGGGACGGGCCGGCCUCAGUGAAAAAGUCGAGUCGGGUGGCUCGCGCACUUCCAGGGUCCUCGACCCUCUCAGUCGCACCGACAAAGGUGCAUCGUCCCCGGGCACGGACGGGGACGGGCCGGCCUCAGUGAAAAAGUCGAGUCGGGUGGCUCGCGCACUUCCAGGGUCCUCGACCCUCUCAGUCGCACCGACAAAGGGUCCUCGACCCUCUCAGUCGCACCGACAAAGGUGCAUCGUCCCCGGGCACGGACGGGGACGGGCCGGCCUCCCCGGCCUCAGUGAAAAAGUCGAGUCGGGUGACUCGCGCACUUCCAGGGUCGACGACCCUCUCAGUCGCACCGACAAAGGUGCAUCGUCCCCGGGCACGGACGGGGACGGGCCGGCCUCCCCGGCCUCAGCGAAAGUCGAGUCGGGUGACUCGCGCACUUCCAGGGUCGGAAGCGUCCUAACCCUAACCUCCAGGGCCCUCGACCCAGCCUGCUUAGCCCGAAGGGGUGACUCAGGAGCGGACACCGGGUCGGGACAGGGCCGCCCUCCCUCCUGGAAGUCGGGGACCUCCAGGGCCCCCGACCCUGCCUCCCCUGCCCGAGGGGAGGCCUCCGAGGCGGGCGGGACAGGGCCGCCCUCCCUCCUGGAAGUCGGGGACCUCCAGGGCCCUCGACCAAGCCUACCUAGCCCGAAUGGGUGA